CGACGCGCGCGCGUGGUGGGAGUGAAACCGUUCGCGGGAUCGGCGGUGAAGGUCUGGUCUGGCUUGGUCUGGCUCGCUCGGGGAAAACGGGUUCGCGAUCGUACGUUCUCACGCGAUACCGAGAAUCUCUCGCGAGAGGGAGAACAUCCGCUGUCCAACGCUCCCGUCGUCCCUUCGUCCUUUCGAGCAACACGCGUUAUUAUACGCAUCUUUGGAGGAGGUCGGAGAACGUCUGCGAAAGGAUAUAGUCCGUGAAAGCAUUGAAUGCACGGGAGUGCGAGCUGCAAAGGUUCGGAGUGUUCGGAGGGGCAAUAAAUUUCAAUUCCCCGUUGUUGAGUUGUUUUGUACACGCGCGUGUGCGCAAAUACGUCGCGUUUGGUGCUGAUCGCAGCCGACUUCAGGUGGCUCGGAACGCUCGGAGCAUCGGCGCCAUCGGCAGAGAGGAGCAUCCGAGCGCGUUCUGCUCCGAUACGAGCAUACACACAGCUGCUGUCGUCGUUCCCGCGUCUCGAGAGGUCAACGUGUCGUGACGGCGGCAACGAGACGACGUAAACGGAACAGCUCCCGGGGAGAAGGUGUAUCAUCGAGCGUGUGUAUGCUGCAAGAUCUGGAGAAGACUUCACGAAUGGAGGCACGGCAGGUUGACGUAUGAAUGGUGUCGAGGUCACAGGGACGCACGCCACGUACGUGAAUCCACUUGACAAGAUGUCAACGACCACCGACGUCAGUGACUUGGCGGCAGCGGCGGUGGCGGAUCUCCCUAAGGAAGGGACGCCGAUUUUCCUGCAGACCCGCGCGGCCCAGGUCAUCGCCGGUGUGUUCGUGUCCGUGGCGCUUUUCCUCACCUGCCAGCAGAUUUACCAGCAUCUCAGGUGGUACACGAAUCCAACGGAGCAGAGAUGGAUAGUGCGAAUUUUGUUCAUCGUACCCAUCUAUGCUGUCUACUCCUGGAUCUCGCUGCUGUUCUUCAACAGCGAGAGCUACUACGUUUACUUUUUCACAGUACGGGACUGUUACGAGGCGUUUGUUAUAUAUAACUUUCUGUCACUGUGCUACGAGUACCUAGGCGGCGAGGGCAACAUCAUGUCUGAGAUCAGGGGCAAGCCGAUACGCUCCAACUGCCUAUACGGCACCUGUUGCCUGGUUGGGAAAACCUACACCAUUGGCUUCUUGAGAUUCUGCAAGCAAGCCACUUUGCAGUUCUGCCUGGUUAAGCCAGUGAUGGCAUUUGUCAUCAUAUUUCUACAAUCCUUUGGCCAUUAUAGAGACGGAGAUUGGUCGCCCGACGGUGGUUACAUUUACAUCACGAUUAUUUACAAUAUUAGCGUGUCGCUUGCGCUUUAUGGUCUGUUUCUGUUCUACUUUGCUACGAGAGACCUGCUGACGCCGUUCGAGCCUGUGCUCAAGUUUUGUACAGUGAAGAGUGUCAUCUUUUUAUCAUUUUGGCAAGGAGUUCUGCUAGCGAUCUUGGAGAAAGCGAAUGUCAUUUCACCCGUCAUAAACAGUUUGGGUCAAUCAACGAGCGCUGGUACAGUCUCCGCCGGUUACCAAAAUUUCCUCAUUUGUAUCGAGAUGUUAUUCGCUGCUAUAGCUUUACGUUACGCGUUCCCGUAUCAAGUAUACGCAGCUGGCUGUGUUACUGACUCCAGGGGUAGAAGCGUGACGAUGCAGAGUAUCAGUAGCAGUUUGAAAGAAACGAUGAAUCCAAAAGAUAUUAUGACCGAUGCCAUCCAUAAUUUCCAUCCACAGUAUCAGCAGUAUACACAAUAUAGCGCAGGGGGCCCGAAAGGACAACGUGGUAUGCGAGUAUCCAGCUUCGAUCCGGAUGAUCCGCAAAACAUACCGGUGCCACCACCGCAAAGACGAAACACUUCUCACCAGCGUGUCGCUACAAUUUCGCAAAAUUAUAACGAGAAAACAAUGUUAUUGAGUAGUGACGACGAAUUUCAAUAAAGCACACGCGUUUCAGGAAAAUAUGACUUACGCUCGAAAAUUGAAUCAACAAAUGCGAGAUUUCAUAACGCGAAACUUCCAUAAACCUCAAGAGAUCUGCUUUUAAGAGGGGGGGGGGGGGUGCAAGAGAUAAACUAUAUAAAAGAUUCACACACUCAUAACAAAUUUAAUUAAAUAUAAAAACAUUCUCUCACGGACUAUAAAAGAGGGGAUAAAAUAAAAAGGGAAAAGAGUGCAGGAAAGGACAUCGCGCUGGGCAUAAGAGCUGCUUGCGUUUCACUGUAAUAGUUCCAUAAUGUUACAUCCAUGUUAAUAUAUGUAUUAUGUUAUAACAUACGAGUAAAGAAAUAGAGUAGAGGAUAUUUAUUUUACUAUGCUGGCGUGUUUGAGAGGCAGUGUUAACCGUACACCCGUGGCUCUACUACGACACUGCAAGAGGAAUUAACUGCACGAUAAUACUUACUCUUCGUAAUGGAUAAAUAAUUGUAUAGUACUUAAUUUCACGCGCGGUAUAUAUCGCGUCUUCUCGGAAUACAGUUCGUACGUAAGCGUCGACACUUGUUUACACUUUUGUAUCUGUUUUUAUUUACGCGUUGCAUUUAACAAACUUGUGCAAUCUCGUAUUCAUAUUUGUAGAAAGCCUCGCGAGCCACAGGAAUAUUUGCGUCCUUCUCCAAAAGUUCUGUAAAACAAUGUUCCUUCUUUGGUCUCUUACGAAAUUCAUACAUGUAUAUAUCACCGAUGUAGAUUAGAUCUGAAAAUGCGGAGAAGUUGACGAGUUUUCCUUCUCGACGAAAGUCUUUCGAUGUAAAAAAAAAGAAAUACGACAAUUAUAUGCGCAAGAAAGAUGAUCGAUGAGCAUCAUGUUAGACAUGAAUAAACAUUUGGUAUUUGGUGUCUUACGUGUGUACAACUGUGUAUAAUCCUUAUAUUUUUUUUAAAAGCAUAAGAAACGAUCGAAGUUAACAAAGAUCUAUUUUAUAUGACAGCACGUUGUGCCGAAAUCUUUCGUCGCCGUUUAAGAACAAAGUAAAACGUGUAAAUCUGUGAACAAAUUUUAUUGUCCUAUUACAUCUCGUAAUAAAGAUAAGACACAACUA